AUGAUGGAGGCUGAUGUGAAUCCGAAGGCCUAUCCCCUGGCAGAUGCCCACCUCACCAAGACGCUGCUGGACCUCGUUCACCAGUCAUGUAACUACAAGCAGCUUCGGAAAGGAGCCAAUGAAGCCACCAAAACCCUCAACAGGGGCAUCUCUGAGUUCAUAGUGAUGGCAGCAGAUGCUGAGCCCUUGGAGAUUAUCCUGCACCUCCCUCUGCUGUGUGAAGAUAAGAAUGUCCCCUAUGUAUUCGUGCACUCCAAGCAGGCCCUAGGACGGGCCUCCGGGGUCUCCAGACCUGUCAUCGCCUGUUCUGUUACCAUCAAAGAAGGCUUCCAGCUAAAGCAGCAGAUCCAGUCCCUCCAGCAGUCUAUUGAAAGGCUCCUGGUGUAG